UCAACAAAUCUGAAGUAGCACAAUAUCUCUACCGUAUUUUCAUAUAUAAGAAACGUAAAUAUCUAUUGUUCAUUCGAAAAAAUUCUGUCAUCAAAUACAUCCGAUAUUUAUAAUGUUUAGUUUAGUUAUUCCUCUGAUAGCCAUCAGCGUCUUCAGUGAAGCUGCUGCAAGGCACAGACAUGUUGUACCAGAUGACAGAAUAGUUGGUGGAAGGCCAGCAGACAUUACAGAGUUCCCUUACGAAGUUUCUAUUCAGUAUUUAGAUGAACACAACUGUGGAGGGAGCAUUCUUACUCCAAACUUUGUUUUGACGGCUGCUCAUUGUUUCGAUGGAGUCUUCGCAAACCAGACCUUUGUGAGGGCAGGAUCUUCGCUCAUCCUGGAAGGUGGGACUCUGUUAGAAGUCGAAGAAAUCCUUAUCCAUCCAAACUUCUCCUUCAUUUUCUUCGACGGCUACGAUGUAUCGCUUCUCAGGCUCAAGAAGAAUCUGACUUAUAGCGACAAGAUACAGCCAGUUAAACUUCCAGAGAUAACCCCAAGCACUCGCGGAAGCUCCGUUCUGGAUGGGUCCAUCGCGACCUUGGCCGGAUGGGGCGCACUCAAGGACAUAUCUUUCGACAUGUCGAAACAGCUCAUGACAGUUAACCUGCCUAUUGUAUCACACGCAGACUGUGUGAAAGAUCUACCCGACGACGGAAUAAACAUGAGAGAAAUCUGCGCUGGAACGGUGAAGGGUGGCAAAGAUGCGUGUUUAGGAGACAGCGGUGGUCCACUGACAAUACAGGGUGUUCAAGUCGGUGUAGUAUCGUGGGGAAGAGGCUGUGCAGAACCUAAUAAACCUGGCAUUUACGCGUCUAUGUAUGCGACAGAACUGAGGGAUUUCAUCAGGCAGCACACUGGCGUGUGAUGUUAAUUGAAAUCUAUUUUAUAUGUUAAGUUUCUAUUUAUUUAUAUGAUUUUUAUAUGGAUUUUGUAAUAAAAUAUGGAAAAGA